AUGCUCGACACCAGACACUUGAAAGUGAUACUUCAUCUGAGCUCUGUUGCAGGAGGUGGCCAAAUGUCAGCAGAAAACAUUCAAGGGUUGUAUCGAAGAAAGAGAAUGUUUGGUUAUUGGUGGAAAGUCUCUUCUGUGUUUCCAUAUGUCCUUCUACUCAAUUCCAUUUUAGUGACAAAUACAGAUGUUUUGAAGAGGACUUCAGGUGAGAGGAGACUGCGUCAAAAUUCACCGGGCCUGCUUCAUGGCAACAUUAAGUCUCAUGAAACGGGAAGCAAUGUACAGAUAAAAGAUAUGAUUCGCCGACAUAAACGAGCCCUUUUGUUUCCAAAUGAUAUUAAACUUUGCCCAGAGGAAACUGUGUCACACGCCAUCGACAGCUACCUCAAGUAUUACAAGUUGAGAGGCUGUGGACGUGAAAAGAGACAAAAGGUAGAUGUUGCAUCUCUUGUGGUUGAACCAGGGAUGCCAGUUUGUCAAGAAGCAAUAUGGGAAGCAUUCAAAAUCUUCUGGGACAGGUUACCCGAGCGGCAUGAACAUCAGACUUGGAUAGAUGCUUGCAAUCAAGGACUCCUAAAUAUUUUUGACAUUGGAAUGAGUUUCAGCAAAACAGAAGAACACCAACACUUGAUUAUGGAGAAAGUAUCUCUACAGAUGGAAAAUGUAAGUAGUCUAGAAUCAAUCACAACCACAAAUGCAACAUCAUCAGAAAACAACUUUACGCUAGAAGAGUUAUGUAAUAAUACUCAUGGGCUAAUGACUUCAAAAGCUCUAAAUAUUGAAAAAUAUUUUAUUCUAGCUGCUGAAAGAAUUUCCAUUGAUGGUAUUAACAUCUCAGUAGAAGGAAAUGAGAACACUACCCCUGGAGAAACUGAACAAGUUACAAAGAAGUCAUCAAAUCAAAUUGUGGAAUUCUUUAUCCAGCUUGCUGGGGAGAAUUAUACUGGAGAGGAACUCUCUGAUCCAGCUAUGUGGGAUUAUCAGAAACUGACUGAUCAUGUCCAUGCCAAGAUGGAAAAUAUCUUUGGAAAAUUCCCAGGAUAUCAAACAAUUAAUAUCUUGGAGUUCAGGUUUGGGAACAAUUGUAAAACGGUAAAUUAUUACAAUUUUAAUAUUUUACAUUUCAAUACUUUGAAAUCUAAUAUUAAUGUUUUUAAUUUCUAUUUUAGGAAAAGCCAGAAUCCAGACAGUAGUAGUAAUGUGACAGUUCACUGCACUGUUACAUUCGAUGUGAACACUGGCGUUAUACCAAAUGAAACACUUCAAUUCAUCAACCUAAACUCCGAAAACAUGGAAGAUGACCUUCCCCUGGAAACUGAAAAUCAACCUACAGCUGCGUACACAAUUACUGACUUUAGGAAUUACAUAGUUGAGGCCUUGCAUAAGGAAAAUCUAAUCGGAAAUGGAUCGCCAACUUUUAAUCCAGAGACCCUUCAUUUUAUUAAUGAGCAUUCAAUGAAUGAAGCAUUAAACAGCAUUAAAAUUGAACUGGAAGAUCAGACAAUAGAACUUUCAAACAAAGAGGAUGAAGACGGACAAUACCUGGAGAGUAAUGAAGCAUCAGGACAAUUCCAUUCAACGAUUAUUGAUCUGCCGUCUGUCCAAACAAUCGAGGAAAGAUGGCGGAACGCAGAAGCCUCCCCUGUCACUUUAACUUCUUUGGAGCCGCAAAGUAUAUCUGAGGAGACAAUGCCACUGCCAAGCAGCAGAGAGUUCCCAGUAUUCGCACCAUCUGGAACAGAUGUGACCACAACAAUUAAUGUUGGUGAAAAAACUGAAGAGACUUCCGAUCCCCUCACAUCACAGAUCCUUGUAUCUGACGGUAUAAUAAAGCAGCCCAUUUUUGACAAAGGUACCAUUUUUUACUCCGAAUCUGGUUCUGGGAUUGAAGAAGAAUAUUUGUGGUCCUGGUCUACGAUAGCUUCUCAAACAGUUUCUUCCAACAAGCCACAAAGUGGGACACAGGAUAGCACUUCUAAUCAGUCGAGAGGUGUGAAGAUUCAGGAUGAUUUGUCUAUGGAUUAUGAUGCAAAUCAAUCCGACGUUAAUAUCAAGGGAUUGAUUACUAAUCCAACUGCAGUAGGCAUGGCCACAAUCAUCUCAAAUGAAGCAGAUGCACUUUGGUCAACUGAAGCAGCUUCAGGUUUUGGUGCUGGAAUCAUAUCUCAUGUUGCAGAGGCAAUAACUAAAGAAGCCCCAGUUGAAUGGAUGCCAGAAAAUGUACUAGAAUUAACAAUGCAAACAUCUGAAGCAGCUGAAAAUGACUUGGUUGCAGUGUUGCCAGUCACUGAAUUAUCUACAAAAGGUCAAGCUAUAACAGAAACCUUUGUCGUGCAACCGUCUGGAGCACAGACAUCUGCCAAAGGAAACCAAGCCACUGAUUCAUUCAUCUUGGAACAGUUUGCCGCAGGAUCUUAUGCCAAAGGGCACAUGUUAACUGAGUUGGCCACCAUACAGCAAGAAAUAUUGGCAUCAGCCGCCACAGGGCACACAAUGAUAAACUCUUUGCCUGCGGAAGAUGAGGCAGCAGAGACAACCACCACAGGCCCCAUUAAGCAAUUCCUUACAACAGUUUCCAACCUGGAGCAACUGACCACUGAGCAGUUAUCCACUAGCAGUGGUCUCUCUGCAUCACCAUGGGCGCCCACGGAACUGGGCAUUGAUUCCUCCUCCAUGGCUCAAUCAAUACUGGAUUCUUCAAAUAUGAUCCAGAAACACACAGAAUUACCAAAUGACGUGCAACUUUUUAGCAAAAUACCUGCUGCAGUAGACACUGUGUUAUCCAACAUUAAUGAUACUGGAUUGAACAAUCCUGUCUUUCAGAACACAGAUAGUUCUACAGUCGUUGAACGUGGUACUCGAUCAACUACAGGAGUGCCCUAUUCUGAGUACAUUGCCAACACGUCUCUUGCAUACAGCGGACCUGAUAAUGGUGCUAAUUCUGCUAAUGAAACCAUUUGGGUUUUAAACCCCAGGGCAACAUCUGCAGCGGUGCAACCCACUGCCAUACCGUCUGUCACAUGGGAUGUGGUGGGAGGGUAUGUUACUUUGGAGCCCCGUGACGCUACUGUUAUAGAGCACAAUGAGGUCAAAUCAUCUCAAAGUGCAUCGCAGGAUAAUGAAGAGUGGUCUGAGGUUCAAGAUAUCUCAGUUGAACUGGAUCAUUCAGACAUAAUCUAUCCUCACGAAGAAUCUAACAAUGAUGAAGAAAUGGCAACUGGCUACAGAGAAUAUGGUGCUACCGCACCAACAGAUCAACCUGGAUCAAGUGAUAGUCAUACAUCUUCGCAGGCACUGAUAGUCUUCUUCAGCCUGCGUGUUACAAAUAUGAUUUUUUCAGAUGACCUGUUCAACAAAAGUUCACAUGAGUACAUAACUUUAGAGCAGCGAUUCCUGGAACUUCUUGUUCCUUAUUUGCAGUCCAAUCUAUCUGAUUUUAAGCACCUUGAAAUCCUGAACUUCAGAAAUGGAAGCAUCAUUGUGAACAGCCGUAUGAAGUUUGCAAAGCCUGUACCACAAGAUGUCACCAAUGCUGUUUAUCUAAUCUUAGAUGACUUUUGCAACACAGCAUACCAAAGAAUGAACCUUGCCAUUGAUAGAUUUUCUCUGGAUGUUGAAUCAGGUAAUGGUGCAGACCCGUGCAAGUUUCAAGCCUGUAAUGAAUAUUCUGAAUGCCUGGUAAACCACCAAUCAGGCGAGGCUGAAUGUGUCUGCGAUACUGGGUAUUUGAGUGUGGAUGGCCUGCCCUGUCAAAGUAUUUGUGAUAUAGACACAGACUUCUGUCUCAAUGAUGGCAAAUGUGAUACAAUUCCAGGCCAAGGAGCAAUCUGCAGGUGCCGUGUGGGUGAGAACUGGUGGUACAGAGGAGAGCACUGUGAAGAGUAUGUUUCUGAAACACUCGUUGUGGGCAUUGCUAUCACCUCAGUGGCUGGUUUCCUUUUGGUAGCUUCCGUUGUGAUUUUCUUUAUAGCCAAUAUGCUCCGUGCUCAAUAUGCCAAAAGUGAAACUCACGCAUCGAGAGAAGAUGACGAUAGCCUGGCCUCAGCGGAAAAUGGGACAAAAUAUAACCCUAUGUAUGAGAGUGAUGCCACGACUGCAUAUAGUCACUACAAGAGACGCUACCCACAUUUAUCCCCCAACAGUUCAAGCAGUGGAGAGACAUCUGCCAACUUCAGCAGCGAUGAGAUUCGACAUGUCUAUGAGUGCACUGAACUUAGCAAAGAGGAAAUUCAAGACAGACUUCGGAUAAUAGAUCUGUAUACUAAGGAUAAGCAGUUUGCAGAGUUUGUGCGACAACAUCAGACAGCCAUGGCUAAUAACCCAAAAAAUCCUCCAAGCUAGUCACUCAGAAGGAGAAAAUAUAAAUGGAUUGUUCAAUCUUCUAUCGACCAAUGAUGGAAAAGGCAAGAAAUGAAUAUGACUGUUCAGGUGCUCACAAAAUCAUUGUUACUAUAGUAACAGAAACACAUUGGUAACUUCGAAUAUGGUUGUUAUGUGGUUCCAUCAUUUUAUUAAUUUCUGAAGUUACAGUAUUGCUGUAUUAGAAUUUUAUCAAGUUUGCUAUGUAGAAGCUUAAGAAGAAAGGAAAUAAUGUUAUUAUUAGUAUUUAAAUACAAUGAAAUUCUAUGUAGAGUUGAGUAAAAAUUCUUGCAGAAUUGAGGGAUCAUAAUAGCAGAACGUUAUUAGUAAAUGAGUAGGUCUAAAGAAGCAUUCUGAAUGCUUAAACAGGACUGUAAAAUGAUAGCUGUUAUUUUACUCAGGUGGAUAGGGACCAGAAUUGAAAAACUAGCCAAAUUUCCUCUCCAGAGCCCAUAGGGCUGACACUAAUUUUAGCUACAUUUAGCCACUUUACCCAAGGUGAGGCCUGCAACCUGAUUUAGAUUUGGGCCAAACGUAGAAUGAAAUAAGGUAGACAGAAAAG